GACCUGAGACAAAGAGAAGGACAGCUCUUUCCACGGCGUCCAGGCCACAGGGGCAGAGUACACCGUCAAUUGGACCAAUCAGCUGAAAUUACAAUCCAGGAUGUGGGCCUGGGCUUUACUACCAGUCCUCUUAGCUGUGGCAGGGACCCUGGGAAUCUGGGUAGUUUUUGGAAUUGCCGUAUCGAAUGGAACAGUUAAUUUGACAGUUGAAUUUCCAUAUAUAAGUACAUGUGGCUCCUACAACCCCCAAAGCUGUUUGUUUGCUCAGAUCAUCAACCUCUGUGCUGUUCUAGUGGUGUGGAUCGUGGUGUUACGCUUCCAGCAGAUUAGAGACUAUGGGCACAAGAGUAAGGUCAACGUGGCUAGUGUGGUACUGGGCUUCAUCUCUGCCUUGGGCAUCUCCUUUGUUGGCAAUUUUCAGCAAACAGUUGUCAUGGGAGCACACCUGUUCGGGGCCUUUCUGGCCUUUUAUGUGGGCGUGAUCUACUUCUGGCUGCAGCUGUGGCUCACCUACAAGGUAGAGCCAUCUCAAGAUCGGUGCUGGGUGGGCCCACUCCGGGCCAUCUUCUGUACAGUCUGCACCGUCCUUAUUGUCGUUAUGUCAAUUUUGCACAACAAUCACCUUCGGUCAGCAGCUGCCAUCUGCGAGUGGUUGGCGGUCAUGUCUUUCUUUAUGCUGUUUGGCCUCUUUGCCGCUGAGUUCCGGCACAUUGACUGCCACCGGCUCACUGUGCAGACGCAGACAAAGGCUGGUAAACCCCGGGAGAAUGGUGGGGGGUUUGAGAUUGCAGGCACUGCAUAGUGUUUACAUUCUUAUGCGUGUACAGAGCUAUUUGCAGACUGAGUACCUGCAUAUUGUGCAUAGAUUGUUAUUGUUUAUAAUAUACAAUGUUUAAUUAAAAGUAAUUUUGAUGACUUCACCGAGGAAAACCCAACCACAUUCAAUGCCUUACUAAGGAAGCAAACAGAUUUCAUGAAAUUUCAUGUUGUAUCUAUACUGAACAUUAAAUAUUGAAGGUCAGGGAAGGAAAAAGUAUGUGAUCCUACAAUUUUAGUAAUGCAUAGAACAGGAAUUUUAACCAAAUGCUUCCCAGAUCUGCACAGCAGUUGAGAGAUAUUUUAGCCCAUUCCUUUUUACAGAAUUGUUUUAUUUAAUUUAUGUAUCUAGGAUGUUUUGCAUGAAGCUUUCAUUUCAGUAGCACUGAGGUGAGGACUCUGACUUGGCCAUUUUGAAAUGCAGAAUUUCUUUUCUUUAAAGCCAUUCUUUAAAUACAGGUUUAUUCCUGUAUUUGGGGUCAUUGACCCUGCGAGACUCAGCUUCUUUGGAAUUUCAGAUCAUAGCCCUGAUGCUCUGAUAUUAUCCUUUAAAAUUUCCCAAUACAAUGUGGAAUUUUUUUGUUACCUCAAGGCAAUGAGGUAGUAAAGUAGCCCCACACCAUUGUUCUCCCUCUAUGGAUGCUUUGCAAUUGGGGGAUGUUUUGGCAUUGGUAUGCUGUAAACUUUUAUCAUGUGCACAUUGUGCAUGUUAUUCAGUCAUAAAUUCAUUAAUAAUGAUUUAAGUUCACAACAUUUUUUCCACAAUGGUUCCAUUAAUCAUUUCAAAAUGUUGGA